UGUCAAAUGUAGCGGACGGCGAGAGCAUCGAAGUGACGAAAAAGGUCUCACGUGAUGUGAUGCUGCCAAUGCCGGUCGACAACCGGAUUUCCCAUCGCGACGCCGCACGUCCAAAAAUCAUCAGUACUAAGAUUCACCACCAAAUAUAACCGCCUCACAUUUCGCGCGCCGCUCCCAGUCCUCUAGCGGAUUGCCUCAGGCUACACCUCCUGCUCCAUUUGAACACGAAAAUCUCACUCACGUCCUCGAGCCGCACCGCAACAAUGCCCAUGCCGCCAGCAUAUCACGAGUCUCUCCCAUACAUUGACUCGCAGCCGUCGGAAUCAGAGCUCGCAGCGGCAAACGACCUCAUAGCCGCCGAGAUCGCCGUCCUUCCACCCCCGUCGAUGACCGCCGCGCCCGCCCCCAACUUCACACCCAUCUUCCAGAGCGAACUCGAACGCGUGGCCGCGCAAGCACCGCUACAACCUCUCACACUCUCGCGCUACGAGGCCCAGGAAACCCCUAGUGGCGAUGCCGGCGCAGACAGACUGAAAGAGGUCCUGGACAAUGCGCACAUUACGGACAUGUACCUGAGCUCGCGGCGGCAGAACUUGGAGCUGCUCGAUCGGUACGGCAAAAACGCGUGGUUGAUCGGCAACCACGAGCUCGAGGGCGAGCUCAAGAGGCUAGAGGCUGAGCUGGCGGCGACCAAAAAGGAGGUGGAUCUUGUGAACCUGGCGCGGCAACGGAGACAGGAAGACGUCAGGGGCGAACUGACCAUGCUGGAGGAAACAUGGAAGAAAGGCGUGGGCAGAGUCUUGGAGACGGAGGUCGCUGUGGAGGAGCUAAAAAGCCAAAUCCGCGCCGAAUUAAGGAACCAAGGGAAGACUGGGCAGGAUGAGCAGUGACAGCAGCAGCGGGAGUGAGGUUGAUGA